AUGUAUAGCGCACCCCAUCAAGCCUCGGCGCCUAUGAAUGGCAUGUCUGGUGAAGUUAUGGACGGCUCGGGUACCAUCAACCCAGCAGCGCUGAAUACUGCCGCGUCGCUUUCUGCGCCUACCGUUGCACCAUCGAAUCUCAGUCCCCGAGGAAUCAAGCGAAGCCGAUCUCCAGAUCAAUAUGGCGAUGCUGUAUUAGAUGGCGGAGACCAUGAAGACCAUUCGCUUCAUCCUGAUGAACAAGGCCGGAGAAAACGUGGGCGACCGCCAAAAUCGUCGCGCCCAUCAACUGCCACUUCUAAUACGCACUACGUACCCACUCAACAGCCGUCGGGCGUACCUCGCGCAAUGCAGACGCCGCAACUGUCAGCUCAACCUCUGCCUAACCAGACAUCGAUCUCUCCUCCGCAAAAUUCGCCGCCUCCAAAAACGACACCAACUAAGACGCUAGUCAAAGCGCUUCCAACAGUUCGUGAUCACACAACAGACACUUUGAAUGAAGGUCGCGACGAAUAUUUGGCCAAGGAGUGGGACGAAGCUGGCGAAACCAAAGUCGAUAUGGAUGGUUAUCUGCAGGAUGGUCGUAAGUAUAGAUGUCGGACAUUCCGUGUCCCCGGUCGCGGAAACAAGUUGUUCAUGCUGGCGACUGAAUGCGCGCGAGUGCUGGGCUAUCGCGACUCGUACUUGCUAUUCAACAAAAAUCGAUCGUUAUUCAAGAUUAUUGCAAGUCAAAUCGAGAAAGAUGAUCUGAUUCAGCAAGACAUCCUUCCUUACUCCUAUCGGUCUCGGCAGAUUGCGAUUGUAACCGCGCGAUCCAUGUUCCGUCAAUUUGGCAGCCGUGUCAUUGUUGACGGUAGACGAGUCCGUGACGAUUACUGGGAAAGCAAGGCAAGGAAGCAAGGGUUUACGGAGGAGGAUUUGGCGGGAGAGAAGCGGCCUGGCGCCGCCAAAGCUCGCGACGCUGCUGCUGCAGAGGCCGCUGCAAACGCAGGUAUACUACCCGGUCUUGGUCAGAGCGAUGUUGUAUAUAGCAGUGCAAUUGAAGGGAUGCCCCAUCUGCCUCCAGGUCUAGCGGGCCAUGGAGGCGUUUCGCUUGCACCUCUUCCGAUGAUUCACCUAGCGCCUACCACAGAUGAUCCGAGACUGCGAGAAUACAGUUCCAUGCCCCGUCCCCGGCAGGAAAUGACAGGACAGGCAUAUCAAGACCGAUCUCAGCCCAGCACCGCUGCGGAAAUUCGCAACCAGGCUACGCACACAGCGGAGUUCAACAAGAUUUUGAAUACCCAGCGAGCAUUUAGGCACAAAGGCUUGGAAGAGUUUUAUUCAACACCUCGUGAGGUACCACCGUCUUCACCAACUCAAGCCGAUGUCGCAGCUGGUGUUACCGCACCAGUCUCGCAGCCGUUGCAAUCACCACAAAUGAUGUCUUCAGGCGCCAUAAUGAAUCAAGCACAGCAGCAUCGCGGCGUUCUUACUGGGCAACAACCGACGCAAAUGAUGACGCCGUCUCACGCUGGAUACAGUCAGCAGCAGACACCAUCACAAAUAAUAGCACAGUCACCGAUGGGGAAUAAUAUGCAUGGUAUGCGCCCUGACGGGCUUCAUCCGCGGCAACCUAAUGCAGCCGCGCUUUCAUCUGCAGCGUCACAGACACCAUCAUAUGGCUACCAAACACAGGCGCAGCCGAUUUGGGGACAGCCACCUCCUCAACCACAACAACAAGGUCUUUCUGCUUCACCUCACAUGGGAAUACCACAAUAUGCGGGGCAAAUGCCACAGCAAAGUCCAUCACCACACCCGGGUAGUGGCCAACAACCGCACCCAUCGCCGUCGCCGCACAAUCAAGCACGGCCUACACAAGCGAUGCCCCAAGGUAUACAGAUGCAUCCACAGGUUGGACAGCCAGGUAUGCCAUCGAUGGGAUACCAAGCUGGAGGAAUGGCGUACAGUAACGUACCGAAUCCUCGAGCCAUGUAUGCCCAAGCUCAGUCGCCUGUUCAGCAACAAUUCGUUCCUCAAGUCGGCGGAAUGACGAUGCCCAUGGGAGCCGGAGUAAGCAUGCCCGGUUGGCCAUCUCCGGCUGGAGGUGGCCAUAUACAACCCGGACAACCGCAACAAGGGCAGUCUGGUAGUCCAUUGGGAGGAUGGUCAAGUUAUUAGUUUAUUUCUCUUUUUUUUUCUGUUCUCUUUUUUCCCUUCUUCUUCUUUAUUCUUUUCUAUACCAUCUAUCUAUUGUCUACAUCUUGUCCGUCUAUCUGUCAAGAGUAUAUUCGAUCAUGCUUAUUAUUUUGUUCUUUUACUCAACGUCGGGUUGUUGUUUGGUUUUGCAUUGAUUCCAUUCUCUUCUUGACGGUUGAUCCAAAUAAAUUGAUGUUUUCGUUAUUGACGAACGUGAUCUUCGUCCUUUUUAUUCCCUUCUUUCAACUCAGGCAUCAAUCAUGGUAUCAAUCAUGACGGGAGUGUUUUGUUCUUAUGGUUCCAAAUUUUUUUUUUUUUUAAAUUUUUUUUUCUCCUUCAUAUCAUAUACCCCCACUCCUGGUCUUCUGGUUUGGUUGACUUCGUCUCUUUUUAUCUUUGUCUGUAUCUGGUUUGACCAAGUAACCGAAUUGAGUUUUUGAUAUUGAGAGUUCGACGUUGCGUUCGAAUCGAUUCAUUGCAUUCUCCCUACCCUUUUCUUUCUUCUUUCAUCAUCAUUCUCUCUUUUUAUUCUUUCCCUCCCAUAAUAUUGUUUAUUCUUCUUUUCAGAUUCGCAUUAACGCGCUAAGACUGGUAUGACUAUUGACAUUAUCUUACUACUGGAUGCAUCUACAAAGCUACUGAGGUACGCAUUGAUAAUUAG